AUGGUGUCAGAGCUCAAGGAGGCGCACGACGGCAUGAUCCACCAGGAAGGGGAUCUCAGCUUCAGUCAACAACGACGGUCAUUUGAGUACAUCUUUUGGCCGCCUCUGCCGAAAUGGUGUCUCGUUCCAUUUGAAAUCACAGCGGCGACAUUGCGCACGGCGAAGGGGCAAUGGAACCCGAUCCGCUACGGGCUCGGACAGAAUUCUGCAGACCAUAUGUGGAAGAACGGCGUGCUCGCGGUCUUUCAACCGUGGAGGCGACUCGGUCAGGCCCAGUUCGACCAUCUCUUGAUCCCCGUCUACUUCCCAUGGCAGGACGAGAGCACCCCAGACGAGGUCCCGAUGUACGGCCUGGUCCACUUGAGCAAGGGGUCCAGGACGGCAUACCUGCACGUCAUGUCGGAGUGGCAGCAGCAAGUCUUCGACGCCCCCGAACAGAACAAGAUGUGGGCGGAGGGGCUCGUGGAGCAGCUGACAUCCGAGAAGGGCGUCGACAGGGGUCUGUUCCUUGGGGGAGAUGCCUCGAUCAAGAUCAAAUACGUGCCCAACCGUGUGGGGCCCGGAUGGAAGAACCUGGGGUGGAGGGGCAGGGACAUGGCCGAGCUCAGCAAAUUGAGCUUCUACUACAUCGUCUACGCGGCGACACAGCUGGCCGUCCACGGCAGAAACGACGUCAUGAUCCCACAGUUUGGGCUCCAAGAAGUCUUCGCCGGCCUGGCUCAGGCGCUGCUGGGCGUCAGCACUGCUUUGGACAAUGCAGAUGAGGGCCGGAAGUCAGUCAGGGAUGGGAUCAAGCCUCGGGUGGGCCGCAACGCAUCAGACACGCUGGCAGCUCAUCGAAAAUGGCUGGACCGUGUGCUUCCUUCGGUGGUGUCACAAUACAACGCGGCUUUGUCACGCGCGGCGCGGUUGAAUGUUGACAGGAGGGGCGGCAAGAAGGCUGCACGGCAUGGAGGGGGUCGGAUGAGUGUCACAUAG